UUGAAAUACGAUUCAUUCAUUCACACAACACAAUAUUUUGAAAACAAAACAAUUCAAAGGUGCAGUGUUCAUGAAAAUUAACCUCCGGUUGCCGAUGUGAAGGGGUUUUACCGCAAUAAUGGCCUUAGUUGUAACGUUGGUGCUAAUUCUCGCUUUCAUAGAAUGUAUUCAAAGUUUUGAUUCAAGAAAUGUGGUGUUCACAAUAGUGAGUCAACCAGAACCAUACCACGCCAGCGUCGCCAAGCGACUCAAACAGGACAUCGAAAAUCAAGUCCUGCAGUUAGAAAAUCGUUAUCCAAAAACUCACAUAACACACGAAGACUUCCCUGUGGCCGGAGCGUGGACGAUCCUACCACUACUUGCGCCGCUCACGUCACGAUACAAACGUACUGAAGUCAGAUGGGUGCUAUUCGUGGAGACGCAUACGGCUGUGAGGGUUGAUAAGCUCAUUGAGGCUCUGGCGGCUGCUGAUAAGCAGGAGGAUGUAAUGUGGAUAGGCUAUCCGCUUAGCGAUGAGGAGCCCACUAUUAUCCACCACUUUACUUUCUACGAGGAAUUGGAGGAGGAAGGUGGGUUCACGUACCCGAACUUCGCGAGCGGGUUCGCCAUGAGGAUAGAACUUAUUGAAAUCCUCCUAAAACAAAUCGAAAGUGGCCAACGUCGAUUAGAAGCGGAUUUCUCAAUAGACCCAGCGUUUGAACUAGCACAAUUGGUGUAUGGUGGCGGCAGCGACCCUGGACCCUUGCUCACGCCUGAUCUCAGCUUCUGUAUAGUAUCUGGUGAUAAUUGUGCCACGUAUCCACGCCAGUUUGGUGUUUGUGGCAGUGCCAUACCUGAGGACUCUAUAUUCUUCGCCGUGAAGACGUGGACUGGUUUCCAUCAGACCAGAGCGAGGGUUGUCAAGAAGACAUGGGGGAGGCAUGUCAGUCAUUUGCAAUUCUUUAGCGAUAAAGAUGACCCAACGCUCCCAGCGAUCAGCACAGGUAUACCAAACAGCAAGACAGGUCACUGCGCCAAAACCAUGGCCAUCUUACGCAUGGUGCUCAAGAGGAUUCAACACAUGCCGCAUAUCAAGUGGAUAUUCUUGGCUGAUGAUGACACUAUUCUUGGAGUUCAAAGACUAUGUGAGGUGCUCAGCUGCUACCGCGGCGGUGACGACGUCACGGUCCUCGGAGAAAGAUACGGCUAUGGGUAUGGGAAGAAAGAAACUGCUGCUAAAGGCUACGACUACAUAACAGGUGGUGGCGGCACAGUGCUGAGCGUGGGCGCAGCGCGGCAGCUGUCGAGCUGCUCGUGCGGCGCGGGCGCGGCGCGGGCGCCCGACGACAUGACGCUCGGCGCCUGCGCACACCACCGCCUCAACCUCACCAUGACGCACUCGCCGCUGUUUCAUCAGGCACGCCCACAAGACUACGCACGCGAGGUCUUAGCUCGCGACCGACCAGUGUCCUUCCACCGUCACUCCUCACCAGAACCAGUCAAGGUCUACUCCACAUGGUUCCAACAUGAUGACCUGGCUCUCAAGAAGACGAGGAGGAGAGAUGAGCUCUGAAGAGUAGGAGUAACUGGUAAGUCUGCCCACCGUCUUCAGACUUUUUGUAGGACGGAAAAUCCGACCGAUUUUUUGUAGUACGUUGUGAAUAGGAUUUUCUGACAGGCUUUGUAGGAUGUGUGCGUUGUAAUAUUGCUGUGAGUAUAUUUUUGUCCUACAAUAAAUCGGUCUCCGAUUUAUCGGACGUGAGUGGGCAGGUGUGGCCAAAAAGUCGCUGAACGAAGAUACGAAACUAGUCUUCAAGAAUUAUCUUGGCAAUAUUUUCAGAGGCAAUCAAUGUAAAAGACAAAUUAUUUUACAUGUUAGUAGGUAUUUUUUAUUAAUAAUUUCGCUUUUAUUAACGCAAAACUGACUACAACGCAUUAUUAGUGCCAAAAAUGAAAAACUACUUAUACUGAAAAUCAAAAUUAGUACUUACCUAGUUUAAUUUUUACUAAAUUGUACUUUAUUCUUGAACUUUCUUUAUAUCAUAACAUAUUUUCAUUUAUUCAUUAUGAAAACUAAAAGGUGAAGAGAAUAAGGAAUUUUCAAAUCAAAAAGCUUUUUUCAAACCAACCUUCUCAAAAAAUAUUUUUUUUAUUCGGGAUGUUUCUUAUGCUCAAUAGAAUAGAUAAUAGAAAUUCGAUACUUGACACAAAAAAAAACUAUAUACUAAAGUUAUGAUAUGAUUUUAGAAUAGAAUAAGACAAAAGAGGCUCUAUUUGUCAUUCCAUUUUUAGCCAUUUUCAACACUUCCAUAAUUUAAUCCAGACUAGGUUUAUAUCAGAGGCUAACAACGACAGAAUGAAUCUCAAGAUUAGCGCGAUCAAACAAACUACAGUCUUAUAAUGUUAGUAAAAUAUAGAAUAACAUAAAAACAAUACAUCACAAUAAAUUCACAUUAUUAUAAAUACGAAAAUAAUGUUCAAUUAGUUUCAUUAGCUAUUAUUAAUAUAAAUUAAGUUUUUUUAAUUAAUAUUAUCACAAUUUUAGACGCUUGUUUCACAUACCUCGAAUCGUUAACUCGUGGCAUUUAUUAGUAGUUAAAUAUAAUUAUUAAAAUAAUAAUAUUUUGCUCUCUUGUUACUAUAUGUUUUAAUGGAUUUAAUUGUUAAUACAUAUGUAAGGUUUAAUUAACAUGUUUGGGCUCAAAUUAGUAUAAUUAUAUGUUAAAACUUGUUUGCAAUAUUAUUUUUAAAUCACAAUUUUUUAUUCUCAUUUAUACUACUUAUUCAUUCGGGAUAUGUUUUUGGGAACAAAUAUAAUGACCACCAUAAAAUGCUUUGAUACCCUUAGUUUUGCAACCAGAAAAAUCUACUGAACACCAGAAAAAUAAAGUCUAAAAAUGUAAUAGUACCAGCUAUUUUAGUCACGACUUCACUUUAAAUUGUAUUCGACCACCAAAUUUAGUAAAUGAUCACCAACUCUUGACGACCAAAUUAAUUUUUUUGCCUAAAUAAGUCACAGUGAUUGCCAUAAAAUGUAGGCUUAUUAUCAAAUAAAGUAUUAUGAUGCCAUAUUAAGUUAUGUGUCCGGCUUGCAAUGCAUGCGUGAGUGUCAGUAUGACGAGUGACAGGGGAAAAUGGAAGAAAAUGACAUUGCGCCGACCCCAAGUAAAAUUGGGAACAGGGCAGGAGAAAGAAGAAGAAGAAUGUGUUUCUCAAUACACUCCCUCGAAAACACACUCUUAUCGCACUGUUUUGAGGCAUGCAAUAGACAAUUUUCCACCCUAGUGCAGGAAAAGGGUCCCCAUAAUGUUAUUACAUUUAUGGUAUCAGGCCGAACUUAUUUUUUUGGAGUCAGUUUACUUAAACAGGAUAGCAAGAUGUAAAAACUUGGAUUAUCAUUUUAUAUUAAAACGCUGGUAUAAUUUUGAUGAUCAUUCACUACUUUUGGUGAUCAUUUACUACUUUUGGGAUAACAAUGAUUUAUUUGGACUCAUUUUGCUUAAAUAGGAUAGCAGAAUGUAAAAACUUUGGUUAUCAUUUUACUUUAAAAUGGUGGUUUAAUUUUGGUGAUCAUUUACUAUUUUUGGCUUGCGCAUGAUUUAUUUUGGAGUAAUUUCACUUAAAUAGGAUAGCAAAGUGUUAAAACUUUGGUUAUCAUUUUACAUUAAAAUGCGAGUUUCAUUUUGGUGAUCAUUUACUAUUUUUGUCUGCUAUUUGUUACUAUUUCUGGUGAUCAGUUAAACAUAAGCCUAUGUUUUUUAUCUAUUAGGCUCAGAAUCCACCAAAGCGGAGCGGAGUGGAGAAGUUUUUAACAAUAGAAUUUUUCCACUUAGGAAUACUACUGAAUGAGAAGAGACGAGCUGUUUGAAUAAACAAAUAAAAAAAUAUUUGUUUAAAAACUUAUCCGCUCUGCUUUGGAGUCUGAGCCUUACUAGAGUUUAACUUUAGAUCUGAAAUAGUUCAAUUCAUCUUACAGUUUUGAAUCUCUUGAUAACUAUAAAAAAAUGAAAUGUUAUAAAUAUUGUUCAAUUGGAAACAUUUAUUUAUUAACUCUUACAAGUCACAACAUUUAU